AUGCCUCUUGCAAAGGAUCUGUUUCAUUCUUCUCCAGAAGAGGAAAAGAGGAAACACAAGAAAAAGCACCAGGUGCAGAACCCCAAUUCCUGCUUUAUGGAUAUGAAAUGCCCAGGAUGCUAUAAGAUCACCACAGUCUUUAGUCAUGCACAAAUGGUAGUCUUGUGUGUUGGCUGCUCCACUAUCCUCUGUCAGCUCACAGGCAGAAAAGCAAGGCUGACAGAAGGAUGCUCCUUCAGGAAAAAGCAGCACUGA